AUGCUAAAUAAGUAAGUCUUAAGCAGAACGGCCACUAAACGAAAUUUGUUAUUUUCACAAAGUGUUCUCGAGUCUAGUCAAAAAUCAUCCUUACAAUAAAAAUCUAGUAGACACAUGAAAGUGAAGUCGCAGGUUCUGUGCAACACUCCCAGUGGCUAAGAGAAAUAUAAAACAGAUAUGUUUAAAGAGUAGAGUCUGUUUAGUGAAGACUCUGAUAAUGACUUGUUUCGUGAGAGCAGCUAAAAACCCCCAAAGACUGCUAGUUCAAUUAAGCCCAGAUCGAAGAUCCUCAAUUAGAUGGCCUAUUUGACUCAGAAGAUGACACCAGAUUAUCAAAGGAGAAUGCAACUUAUUUCUCAGGCCGAGGACAAGGUGCUUGACUUUCGUAUUGAGCAAACUGAGUAACCAAUUCAAGUAAACAGUCAGCAGCUGAGUUUUGGAGAAACCCUUAUUAACUAUUAGCAUGAUAAGCACCCUAUUGAAUUAUAACCUGAAUUAUGGAAUGUCUAAUCAGUGAGAUAGAUGGAAUUUUAUUAUUACAAGAUUAGAUCCAAAAUGCAGCCAGUUCCAUUAUAAUUCUACAUGAAUCAAAUUGAGAGCACAAACUUUAAAAUAUUUGUAUCCUCUGUCAAUCCAUUUCCGACCAAUUUCUCUUGUGAUUAGAUAAUAUCAGUUAAGGGAUGGAAAUAUAAGGUGGAUGAGUCUAAAAUAUUUCAUUGCGAUUAUAUUUACAUUAGUAUGGUGUGUGAUUUAGAUACUUAGGUAAAACUAAAAUACUAAUUUGGCUCAAGAAUGAUGAAAAGACCUUAAACUAUGCAAAAAAAGAUGGAAACUGAAUCCAUGUUUCUUUAAAAUCCUUAACAACAAUAGUUAGAAAGAAUGAAUUCUGAUUUUCUGUUAGCACAAGUGGCUGAAAUUAAGAAAAGAAGGAAACAAAGGUUAAGACAAAGAGGAAUAUUCAAGGAUUUGAUAAAGGAAAACAUUUAAAAGGUGGUAGAAUAUAAUGAAGAAUAAUAAAAGAGUUUUAGAGAAUUGAAAAGAGUACAAUCUGAUAAUAGAAUAGAAGAUGUGUUGAUUAGAAAGAAAUAGUUGAAUUAAAAUGAACAAUCAAGAAAAGUAUAUGAACAAAAAACCAGAGAAUUAGGUAAAAUAUUAAGACAAAGAUCUAAUUUUGUACAAUCCAAAAAAACACUGAAAAAUAAAGUAUGUCAUCAUUGGCUAAAUUUCAUUUAUAUGGCUUUAAUAAGUAGUAGGAUACUCCACGUUUACUAACACAAAAUCGAAGCUUAAAAUCAAUCUACUUUGAUGGCAUUCUAAGUUAAAAGAAUCAUGAAAAGAAUUCAUAAAAGAUUAAUUGCAAUUAAAGGAUUGACAUUGUAUGAUAGAGUAUUUUUCGAUGUUAAACUGGCUUCAUAAUGCUUUUGUAGAGCUGUUUAUUAGAAGUAAGUUUAAGAACACAUUUAAAAAAUUGUGCCCUUUCUAAAAUAAAGAGCUGAACUCCACCAUUUCAAAAAUCAAGUUGUCAGUACUCAUCUCAAGAUUUAAAAAAUCAGAUAACUUGUUUAAGAGUUUUUAUUGAGAUUCAAAAACUAUAAAAAAUUAUUGGGGGGUGUUUGGUAGAAGUAUUUUAAAGAAUAACUACUUAAAAAUUAUAAUCAAUUAAGUUAGAAAAAGAAGGAGAUGUAUUAGCAAUAUAUCUUUUUACUUUAGAAUCAAGAGAAUUAUAACAUUCUACUAACAGAAUUUAUGAAUUCUUACAGCAAGGCAGUGUUAAGGACAUUUUUGAAGGAGAUGAGUGUCUAUUCUUAAUAUUUAAAGAAAUUGCGAUCAUAAAAAUAUAACAAAACUAAAAGGAGGGAUUUGGAAUAGAAUGAAUAAGUUAUGUACUAACCUAAAAUGUUUCAAAUCCCCAGUUAUGAUGACAUCUUAGAAUAUCUUCCAAUAUUGAUGAGUAGCAAUAAUAGAUAAGAUGCAAGAAGUUCAUAGUAGAUCUCGCAAUCUUAAAUCUUAAGCAUAGGUGAAAAUAAUGAGAAAAAGAGAAAGUAAAUAAGAAUGAGGAAAUGA